GUCAGCCUGGCUGUCAGCCUGACGGGCUUCGGUGCAGAAGAAGGGUGGCAUUCUUGUCGGUGCCAGAGAUUGCAGAAGAUCCCAGAUGUACCCGUGGACUCUGUCAGGAGUUACGGAUCCUGAAGCAGUAGCUUAAGGGACCUGCUGGCCCUUGAGCAGCGGUGUUGGAAACAGGCCUCUGGCACUGGCCCAAGCCAGUUGACGGUGCCUUUUUUGGGGUGAAUGGCCAGCAGACACCCAGUGGUACUCGUGUCCCAGUGACAGACUGUCACGGCCCAGGCCACCUAGACCGACUUCACUGAUGGAGCCGCAGGCUGAGAAGCCAGGAGAGGCUGAUGGGGUGCGUGUCACGCCCCAGCUGCUCAAGUCACGCUCGGGCGAGUUUGCCCUGGACUCCAUCCUGCUUCUGAAGCUGCGAGGCUUGGGGCUAGUGGACCUGGGCUGCCUGGGGGCGUGCCUGGGCCUCGAGUGGCUGGACCUGUCGGGCAACGCGCUCACCCAGCUGGGCCCACUGGCCUCCUUGCGCCAGCUGGCCGUGCUCAAUGUCGCCAACAAUCGGCUAACAGGGUUGGAGCCACUGGCCGCCUGCGAGAACCUGCAGAAUCUCAAUGCAGCGGGCAACCUGCUGGCCACCCCUGGCCAGCUGCAGUGUCUGGCCGGACUGCGGGGCCUCGAGCACCUGCGGCUCCGGGACCCUUUGGCCCGGCUCAGCAACCCGCUCUGUGCCAGCCCCUCCUACGGGGCCGUGGUCCGAGAGCUGCUGCCCGGCCUGAAGGUCAUCGAUGGGGAGCGUGUGGCCGGCCGCGGCAGUGAGUUCUACCAGCUGUGUCGGGACCUGGACAGCCCCCUGUGGCCCAGCUCCAGCCCCGGCCCCAGCAUGGCCGAGGCGCAGCCCUGGGUGGAGCCAGGGUACUGGGAGGCCUGGCCCACGCGGAGCAGUUCCAUCCUGCAGGAGGCCUGCCGGCAGUUCCAGGACACACUGCAGGAGUGCCACGAGCUGGACCGCCAGGCCCAGGACAGCCUGGAGCAGGCCCAGCAGGCGCUCAGCUCUGCAGGCACCACCUCGUCGUUUGUCUUUUGAAUGUGCUCCGUGGCGUGGGCCAGCCUGACCCAGGCCGUGGGGUUGGCGCAUCGGAAGGUGUGGCCACAUUCCCACCCCACCCCCAGAUCUGCACCGGAAUAGAGCGUUUCAUCACGCUGGUCACUGGCCAGCAGACUGCCAUUUGCUUAUCUCUGUUCCUAAGAGCAGCCCCCACCCUCCCACUCCUCCCUCAAGGAAAAUUCCACACCUUCCUUCAACAUCCUUCAGGGAGGCACCUCCCCAGUGGCCUCUAACAGGUGUAAGGGCCCUCCACGAGCAGCUGGCACCUGUCCUGCUACGCGUGCUGUCUGUCUGUGCCCCAAGGGAGGAGGCCGCAGGGCGUGUCCACAGCUGCUGCCACUCCUGGCUGCUCGGGCCUGAACUUAGUGGAAAGAAGGAAGCCACUGCUUCCUAAGGUCAAAGGUGGCAAAGGCAGGGAUGCUGUGCCCCCUCUCCAGGGGUCCUCCCAGAGCACAGAGCAUGGGAGCUGCCCUCACCCACCUGCCACAUGUGCUUGUCCAGGCGACCCUCCGCCGUGGCCCCCUGGAGCCUUCAACGCCCAUUGUUACCCACGCUAAUCCCUAUUAAAUAUCUGUUUUAAUUUGCAGCACUGCCUGUCAUUUCACAUGGGCAUGAGUUCCUGCAAGCUCUGGUCUCUCCUGCGGAAAGGAGGUGCACACACGAGGCCCCCUGCCUGUUUUCUGGGUGUC